GCUGGACCGCCAGCCAGACAGGGGGGAAGGGAGUGAGCAAGAGAGGGAGGCGGGAGGCCAGGGCCCGCCCCACAGCCACUCUUGCGCCUCUGAACAGCCACAGGGGCAAAGCCCUGUCACCCCCAGGAUCCGGUCAUUGGGGAAAACAGAUAGGGAGACCAGAGGAGGGCCAGCUGGGGCGAGGGGGGUGGAGGCCCAGGAAGCAGCAUCUGAGAGGGGCAGGGACCAGGCACAGGAGGCCAGGGGGCACAGAGAACAAACUCCCCUCAGAAGUGGAGAAGAGGAGAACGGAAGGAACCAAGGGAGGGACAGACAGGAGCCUGAGGAGGAAAGAGGAGGGGGAGAGGGGUCAGGCCAGGCGGCCAAGGAGGAGGCGUGUGGCUGGGGGCUGCCGGCGGCAGGAAGCUGGGGACAGGACCCGACCCCGGCGCUGUCCCUCGGAGCAGAGGCAUCCCGGCUCCAGACAGAGGCGCCAGUGGUCAGGCCGGGAUGUGCCUCUGAGGACCACUGCGGAGUGCCCCCACCAUGGCCCCCAGCACCCUCUGGAGCUGCUACCUCUGCUGCCUGCUGACCACAGCCGUGGGGGCAGCUAGCUACCCUCCUCGUGGUUAUAGCCUCUACACAGGGGGCGGCGGGGCCCUCAGCCCUGGUGAACCCCAGGCCCAGAGCGCUCCCCGGCCUGCCAGCCGCCACAGGAACUGGUGUGCCUAUGUGGUGACCCGGACAGUGAGCUGUGUCCUUGAGGAUGGAGUGGAGACUUUCAUCAAGCCCGACUACCAGCCCUGUGGCUGGGGCCAGCCCCAGUGUCCCCGCAGCAUCAUGUACCGCAGCUUCCUCCGUCCUCGCUACCGAGUGGCCUACAAGACAGUGACAGAUAUGGAGUGGAGGUGCUGUCAGGGGUAUGGGGGCGAUGACUGUGCUGAGGGUCCUGCCCCAGCGCUGGGUCCUGCACCUACCACACCACGCCCCCGGCCCCGGCCCGCCCGCCCCAACCUCUCCGGCUCCAGUGCAGGAAGCCACCUGAGUGGACUAGGUGGGGAAGGUCCUGGGGAGUCAGAGAAGGUACAGCAGCUGGAGGAGCAGGUGCAGAGCCUGACAAAGGAGCUGCAGGGCCUCCGCGGUGUCCUGCAGGGACUGAGCGGGCGCCUGGCGGAAGACGUCCAGAGGGCCGUGGAGACGGCCUUUAACGGGAGGCAGCAGCCAGCGGACGCAGCUGCCCGCCCUGGCGUGCAGGAGACCCUCACUGAGAUCCAACAGCAGCUGCAGCUCCUGGACAACCGCGUCUCCACCCAUGACCAGGAGCUGGGCCAUCUCAACAACCAUCACGGCGGCGGCGGCGGUGGCGGCGGUGGCAGGGCCCCGGCCCCAGCCCCGGCCCCUCCCGGCCACAGUGAGGAGCUGCCGCGGGAGCUGGAGCGGCGGCUGCAGGAGUCCUGCUCCGUGUGCCUGGCGGGGCUGGAUGACUUCCGCCGGCAGCGGCAGGAGGACAGAGAGCGGCUGCGAGUGCUGGAGAAGCGACUGACCUUGGUGGAGGAGCGGCAGCGGCAGCUCCCCCGGCAGGCCGCGGGCCGCAGGCCCCUUCAGGAGUGCUGCCCUCCGGAGCUGGGCCGGCGGCUGGCAGAGCUGGAGCGGAGGCUGGAUGUAGUGGCCGGCUCGGUGACAGUGUUGAGUGGGCGGCGAGGCACCGAGCUGGGAGGAGCGGCUGGGCAGGGGGGGCACCCCCCGGGCUACACCAGCUUAGCAUCCCGCCUCUCUCGCCUGGAGGACCAGUUCAACUCCACUCUGGGUCCCUCACAGGAGCAGGAGGAGGGCUGGCCCGGGCGCCCUGGGGGCCUGGGCCACUGGCUGCCUGCCGCCCGGGGCCGACUGGAGAAGCUGGAGGGACUGUUGGCCAACGUGAGCGGAGAGCUGGGUGGGCGGCUGGAUCUGCUGGAAGAGCAGGUGGCAGGGGCUGUGCAGGCGUGUGGGCAGCUCUGCUCCGGGGCCCCGGGGGAGCAGGACACCCAGGUGAGCGAGAUCCUCAGUGCCUUGGAGCGCAGGGUGCUAGACAGCGAGGGGCAGCUGCGUCUGGUGGGCUCAGGCCUGCACGAAGUGGGAGCAGCCGGGGAGGCCCGGCAGGCUGCACUGGAGGAGCUGCAAGGGGUCGUGGGCCAGCUCCAGGGGCGUGUUGACGCGCUGGACGAGACGACGGCGGAGUUCGCGCUGCAGCUGAACCUCACGGCGGCACGGCUGGGCCAACUGGAGGGUCUCCUGCAGGCCCGUGGGGAUGAGGGCUGUGGGGCCUGUGGUGGUGUCCAAGAGGAGCUGGGCCGCCUUCGGGACGGUGUGGAGCGCUGCUCCUGCCCCCUGUUACCCCCACGGGGCCCCGGGGCCGGCCCCGGGGUUGGGGGACCAAGCCGAGGGCCUCUGGACGGCUUCAGUGUGUUUGGGGGGAGCUCAGGCUCAGCCCUACAGGCCCUGCAAGGAGAGCUGUCCGAGGUUAUUCUCACCUUCAGUUCUCUCAAUGACUCACUGCACGAGCUCCAGACCACCGUGGAAGGGCAGGGUGCCGAUCUGGCUGACUUGGGAGCCACCAAGGACCGUAUCAUCUCUGAGAUUAACAGGCUGCAACAGGAGGCCACGGAGCAUGCUACAGAGAGUGAGGAGCGCUUCCGAGGCCUGGAAGAGGGACAGGCCCAGGCUGGCCAGUGCCCCAGCCUAGAGGGGCGAUUGGGCCGUCUUGAAGGAGUCUGUGAGCGGCUAGACACUGUGGCGGGGGGACUGCAGGGCCUGCGUGAAGGCCUUUCCCGACACGUGGCUGGGCUCUGGGCUGGGCUACGGGAGACCAACAGCACCAGCCAGACGCAGGCAGCCUUGCUGGAGAAGCUGCUUGGGGGGCAGGCGGGCCUGGGCAGGCGGCUCGGUGCCCUUAACAGCUCCCUGCUGCUGCUGGAGGACAGGCUUCACCAGCUCAGUCUGAAGGACCUCACUGGGCCCGCAGGUGAGGCUGGGCCCCCAGGGCCUCCCGGGAUACAAGGACCCCCAGGCCCUGCUGGACCUCCAGGACCUCCAGGCAAGGAUGGACAAAAGGGACCCAUUGGGCCACCAGGUCCCCAAGGAGAGCAGGGAGUGGAGGGGGCACCAGCAGCCCCUGUGCCCCUGGUGGCCUUUUCAGCUGCCCUGAGUUUGCCACGGUCUGAACCAGGCACAGUGCCCUUCGACAGAGUCCUGCUCAACGAUGGGGGCUAUUACGAUCCAGAGACUGGCGUGUUCACAGCACCACUGACCGGGCGCUACUUUCUGAGCGCGGUGCUGACUGGGCACCGGCAUGAGAAAGUGGAGGCCGUGCUGUCCCGCUCCAACCUGGGCGUGGCCCGCAUAGACUCCGGUGGCUACGAGCCUGAAGGCCUGGAGAAUAAGCCAGUAGCCGAGAGCCAGCCCAGCCCCGGCGCCCUGGGGGUCUUCAGCCUCAUCCUGCCGCUGCAGGCUGGAGACACGGUCUGCAUCGACCUGGUCAUGGGGCAGCUGGCGCACUCAGAGGAGCCGCUCACCAUCUUCAGCGGAGCCCUGCUCUACGAGGACCUGGAGCCCAAACAGGUGUAGACAGGGGGCUGGGCCCGACCGGCCCUUAGUGUCUACGCCGGCCAAAGAGCCAGCUGGGGCGGCGGGGCUCCCCCGGCUUCCUGCCUGGGGUGGGGCUCCGUCCCGCCACCCCAGCCCCAGGCGAGCCGCCGUCCCUGUCCCCCUCUGUGGCACAGGCGCCCAGAGCAAUCUCUUCGCCACGGCCUGAGCGCGCCGGGUGGAGGACUCUGGCAUCCCCUCGUCCAGACUUUUGGCCUGCUCGCCGUCCCCUGCAGGGCCGACUGCGGAGGAGCCCAUCCUCGCACCUUCUGCUCCUCCAGCUGGCCUCCAGGCCGAUGCAGGGCUCUCCCGAC